AUGUCCUCUACGGCCAUGGACACAGAGAAGAGGUCUCUUCAGAACAGCGAUGGCGCAGGCGAGCACGCUGCAGCGCCGGAGUUGACGAAGUACAGCAGCCAUGAACAGAACGACACGCUGGCGCUCGUUAAGCAGACGCAGGCCGGCAUCUGGAAAGUCGAGGCAGCGGUAAAUGUCUGGGGUCCCAUAAGCAAGAUUUUGCUAUGGGUCGGUAUCGCACUGGCCAGCUACAUGUAUGGCCUAGACAACAAUACUAGCUGGGAGUUCGGAACGUAUGCCUCCAAUGAGUUCGGUCACGCGAACUGGUACAGUGCCAUCCAGUGUGCUAUGGCGAUUCUACUCGCGCUCGGCAAACCUUUCUUCGCCAAGAUUACCGACGUCGUUGGUCGUGCGGAAGCCUACGCCGUCUGCCUCUUCUUCUACUGCCUAGGAUACAUCAUCUGCGCGAGUGCUCAGACCAUGGGCGCACUCGGUGCGGGCUUGGUCAUCUACGAGAUUGGCUUCUCCGGGCUCCAGAUCGCCAUCCAGAUUGUCAUUGCCGAUUUGACACCGCUGCGAUACCGGGCGCUCGUCAGCACGCUCACCUCGGUGCCGUACUUCGUCAACUUCUACGCCGGCGCCCAGAUUGAGGUGCAAAUCGUCACUAGUUCGCGCCUCGGCUGGCGCUGGGGCUACGGUCUCUACUGCAUCUGCUUCGUGUUCGCCAUCGGCCCCAUUAUCGCCGUACUCUUCUGGGCUCAGAGCCGUGCGAAGAAGGCCAACCUCGUCUACCGCGACAGUCUCGCUGGAAACACGUUCCUCCAGAAGGCAUGGAGUUUCACGAUCGAAGCCGAUCUCCUCGGCAUGCUCUUCCUCGGCGCCACCAUCACCCUUAUCUUCUUGCCGCUUGUGCUCGCCGGUGGAUCCUACGCCACGACGACGUGGACAGACCCCGCGAUCCCGGCCAUGAUGGUCAUCGGUGGUGUCGUGGCUGCGCCUGCAUUCAUCUACUGGGAACUGAAACGCGCCAAGUUUCCGAUCGUCCCCUUCCGUCUCCUCCGAAACCGGACGGUCCUCACGGCAUGCAUUGUCAACUUCUUUGACUUCGUCUCGUUCUACCUCACGUGGACCUACCUCUACACGUUCACUUACGUGGCCACUGACUGGAACCUCGCUGACUUGAACUACUACACCACUACCCAAUCACUCUGUUUGACGUUCUUCGGCCUCCUCUGGGGAAUUAUCGUCGCACUUGCCGGUGGUAACAUCGGUUACAAGUGGACCCUCGUUGGUGGCCUUGCUCUGCGCAUCAUUGGUGUCGGCCUCAUGUUCUACGCUCGGUCGCACUACAACACUGCCGCCCUUGUCAUGACACAAAUCAUCCAGGCAGCUGGUGGAGGUCUUGCCGCUGCCGCAUCCCAGGUCGGUGCUCAGGGUGCUGUGCCUCAUCAAGAUGUCGCCGUCGCUACCGCGGCCGUGCUCCUCUUCGCCGAAGUCGGUGGCGUGGUCGGCCAGGCAGCCGCCGGAUCGAUGUGGAACAACGUCCUGCCUAAGAAGCUCGAGCAGCAGGGCCUCAACUCGACUGUCAUCGCUGACGUGCUCGGCUCGUACACCUAUGCGCGGACGUACCCAACCGACGUGCGCAGCAAGCUCAUCGCCGCGUAUGGCGAGGCCAUGCACGAGAUGCUCAUCCCCGCUAUCGUCUUCGCGUUUGUCGCGUUCAUCGUAUCGUUCGGCUGUAGGAACUUCCACCUGACGGGUGCGCAGAAUGCAGUGGAGGUCAAGGACAUCCGGGGCCACACGAUUGAGGGCGAGCAAUCGAUCGAGCCCGAACUCAAGCGCGAACUCUGA